CGUGCCUUAGCUUUGCGAUAUUUUGCUAGAAACAGUAAGAGAGAAACCGUACCGAUAUAGCGUCUUCAAUGCAUUUGAAAAAUGAAGUUGUCUCGUGCCGUUGUCUUCUCCACGGCCGCUCUUGGUGCCUGGGCUGAGACCUCAGUGCUUUCGCUGCCAUUCUCUCUGGAUGUCCUCUCCACUAUGCCACUAUGCGCAGCUUCCUGUCUUGCCAAGACCUCCGCAAUUUCCUCUAUGCCCUCAAACAACCAGACCGCCAAUCUUUGCAAAGACGUAUUGUUUCAACAAGAGGCGAUCCUAUGUGUUCGGCAUAUGUGCACCAUCAUGGAAACGCUUGCAGCUCAGAAUAUUACGAACACAGCCUGCAACGUGCCACUCCGAGAUCGUUCCAAGCAGUAUAUAGUGCUUUCUCUUGCGAUGGGCAUUGCCGGCUCUUUCACAGUGAUGGCCAGACUUGUCUUCAAGCGCAGAUACAAUCUAGGCCUAGAUACAGAUGACUGGCUGACAGGGAGCCUGUUAGUAACGAGCGUGGCUACUAUUGUCGUCAAUCAGUAUUGGCUGACGAACAAUGGGCUUGGGCGUGACGUUUGGACCAUAACACUCUAGCAGCUUGUUGAUCUGCACAUGUACUUUUGGAUCGCCUCGAUCGUAUACUUUUGGAAUGUGGGUAUGCUCAAGAUUUUCCUUCUUGUGUUUUACCUCCGAAUUUUCGCCGGCUACUCCAGAGGUAUUGUCCGAC